UGCAGUGGGAGGAGUACGAGUACGGGUACGGAGUACGGGCAGGUGAGGGAAGUGGGAAGAAGUUGCAGAGAGUGGGUGGGUGAAACUGCCCGGUAUCUCGUAUUCAUCCUCUCUCUAAAGGAGGGGCAGCCAAGCGGCGACCAUGGCUUCGUCAACGGCGUAUGAGGCGGGGAGGAGCCUCGAGGGAGGCGACUUCAAGAGCGGGCUGCUGCGCCACGGCCACAGUCACGGGCACGGGCACGGGCGGACCGCGCACAACAUGUCGUCGUCGUCGCUGCGGAAGAAGUCGGAUAUGACGCUGGUGUCCAAGGUGCCCUUGGGCUUCUUGCGGAGCCUCCUCGCCAACCUGCAGGAGAUCUUCCUCGGGACGAAGCUCUUCGUCCUCUUCCCCGCCGUCCCCCUCGCCAUCGCCGCCCAAUACUUCCACUUCGGUCGCGCAUGGGUGUUCGCGCUGAGUUUAUUGGGACUGACUCCUCUGGCUGAGCGCGUGAGCUUCCUCACCGAGCAAAUUGCGCACUAUACUGGCCCCACUGUGGGUGGUCUCUUGAAUGCCACAUGUGGGAAUGCCACAGAAUUGAUCAUAGCUAUAUUUGCAUUGUAUGAGGGGAAGAUCGAGGUGGUUAAGUUAUCCCUGGUGGGUUCUGUCCUCUCCAACCUGCUGCUUGUCCUUGGCACCUCGCUCCUCUGCGGUGGCAUCGCCAACCUUCGCAAGGAGCAGUUGUAUGAUCGAAAGCAAGCUGAUGCGAACUCGGGCCUUUUGAUGUUGGCUGCCUUGUGCCACUUGCUGCCGUUGGGGUUGAGGUAUGCCAUAAGCUCUGGUGAGCGCGCAGUGACCAAGGUUCCAAUACUGGACUUGUCGAGAGCAUGCAGCUUUGUCAUGCUGUUUGCCUAUAUUGCGUUCCUGUUCUUUCAGUUGAAGACUCAUCGCCAACUCUUCGAAUCGCAAGAGGAAGAUGUUGACAAUGAUGAUGUGACCUCUGAAGAAGAGCCGGGCAUUGGAUUCCCAAGUGCACUGGCUUGGCUGGUGGGAAUGACGAUUGUGAUAGCAAUACUAUCUGAAUAUAUUGUUGGCACAAUUGAGGAUGCUUCAGAAUCUUGGGGCAUAUCUGUAAGCUUCAUAAGCAUUAUCUUGCUACCCAUUGUCGGAAAUGCUGCUGAGCACGCGGGUGCCGUCAUAUUUGCUUUUAAGAACAAGUUGGAUAUCACACUAGGAGUUUCCUUAGGAUCAGCAACUCAGGUCGCCAUGUUUGUGGUUCCACUAAGUGUGCUUGUGGCAUGGAUUAUGGGAGUCGAUAUGGAUCUUGAUUUCAAACUAUUAGAGACAGGCUCAUUAAUCUUGUCAAUAUUGGUGACAACCUUCACCCUUCAGGAUGGGACUUCACAUUACUUGAAAGGAGUUGUUCUCCUACUCUGUUAUUUUGUCAUUGGCGCAUGUUUCUUCGUCCUCAAAACCCCACCAAAUCAAACAAAUGGCAUCAACUCGGGUUUACUCUCAACAAAAUCAGGUGCCGUGGUUGCGUAGUAUCAGACCAUGUUGUUAAUUCGACCGAGAAACAUGGACCUGGACAAGCAUUAUCAACUUUCAGAACCAUUUUUCAACCCAAAUCACCUUGCUGCCCUGUCAUUUCACUUGAAGGAAACUUUUACAGUGAAUCAGAGCUUGGGAAAUUUCCAAAGGUCAAGACCAGCCAUGAAUGCUUUUCAAAGAACAGGAAAUUUUAAAGAGACAAUUAUGAUUUUUUUUUUCAUCUAUGUUCUGUAAAGUGGUUUCAAUUUGCAUUUUGGGUGAUGUAGAGAUCGCAUUCGUUAGUCUCUACUGCUUGUUUUUCCUUUCAACUAAUUUAAUAAAUGAAAAUGGUUGGAUUACUUUUUUAA